CAAGCCUGGCUUAAAACCUUCGCCAUCGGGUGGCGGGACCACAAAGGAGGCCGCCUGCCUCCUUUGUCCUGGAUCUGGGAGCCGAGCGCCUCCGUCGCCAUUGCACUUCCUCCCCCUGGUCCAGCCUCUCUCACCUUGGGAAUCUGCGUCAGAAGUCGCUCACAGUCCCGCCAGCCCAGUACCAAGGAGUGAAGCGGGCACCAGCAGGCCUGAGCCUACGGAAAAGCAGCUGUGAGGACGAUGAAGCUUCCGAUUUUCAUAGCUGAUGCGUUCACAGCAAGAGCAUUCCAUGGGAAUCCUGCUGCUGUUUGCCUCCUAGAAGAUAAACUGGAUGAAGACAUGCAUCAAAAAAUUGCGCAGGAAAUGAACCUCUCCGAAACUGCUUUUAUUCGAAAACUGCACCCAACAGACAACUUUACACAAAGUUCCUGCUUCGGACUGAGGUGGUUCACACCAGCGAGUGAGGUCCCACUCUGUGGUCACGCCACCCUGGCUUCUGCAGCUGUGCUGUUUUACAAAAUAAAAAACAUCAACAGCACCCUCACCUUUGUCACUCUGAGUGGGGAACUAAAGGCCAGAAGAGCCGAAGAUGGGAUCAUCCUGGACCUGCCUCUCUACCCAACCCAGCCCAAGGAAUUCCACGAAGUGGAGAACUUGAUAAAGCUGGCCAUAGGCGACACGCUGGUCCAGGACAUCUGCUAUUCUCCAGAUACUCAAAAGCUCCUUGUCCGGCUCAGUGAUUCUUACGACAGGUCAUUUCUGGAGACCCUGAAAGUGAACACGGCGAAUCUGACUCAGGUGGAGAAUGCAGAGAAGGUGAAAGGGCUCAUUGUCACACUCAAAGGAGAGCUCGCUGGGCAGACCCAAGCGUUUGACUUCUACUCCAGAUAUUUUGCACCGUGGGUUGGUGUGGCGGAAGACCCUGUAACAGGGUCUGCACACACUGUUCUCAGCAGCUACUGGUCCCGGCAACUGGGGAAGAAAAACAUGCGUGCAUUUCAGUGUUCCCCCCGAGGAGGAGAACUGGACAUUUCCCUGCGCCCCGAUGGACGUGUAGACAUCAAGGGUGGUGCUGCCCUGGUCAUGGAAGGGACGCUGACGGCCUAGGGAUGGUCGCACGGGAUGCCGCUUCUCCACCCACGCGGUGUUUUCUGUGUACCAAGAAACCUAAGAGCCUACACAGUGGCCUGCUUGCUCCUCGUGCCAAAUAUAGAAAGCCGAAAGCCGUGUUAGUGAGGUUUAAUCACCAGUCCAGGCUAAUUAACUAAUGCGGUUUGUACUUGAUUUUUUUUUUCUGGUGCUGGGGCUUGAACCCAGGGCCUUGGCCAUACAAGGCAAGUGCUCUGUCUUCCGUGAAUGCCUUUGAAUGUGAGUAAUCAGUAGCAGAGAAUACCGCAGUCACUUCUUCGAUUAUGACCGUCAAUCAGAGAUGAGGAAUACUACAUUUAUGAAAAGUGAGGAUUCAACUUAGGUGUGAGUACUGGUGGAAUAUUUUUGCAGUCAUCUAAAAGACACAGUGACUCUGUGGACAUAUAGAACAUUGUUUCAUGAUAUAAUACUAAGAAAAAUUGCAGUAAGCUGUAGAGUGUUAGCCGUGUUAUGCUGUGACUUAGAGAAUAUGAAUUUCUCCAGAAAAAUAUGAGCCAUGGAAUAGUUCAUGUGUGUGAGAUAGGACUGAGAGUCAUUUUAAUAAAGCUAAAAUAGUAUUUGCCUCAUUGUUGCAUUCAUGUACAACAACUACAAAUUAAGACAAAGCCCAGAAAAUUAAAUAAAUGUGUCU